UCCCUCUCAAUUAAUUCGACACUUGCCGCUCCAUUUACAAAUAUUAGCCUUCACCUUUCCUUUCGUUUCCUGUCACUUGGAUUCUCGCUUUUCGAUGCUUCUCUUUUGCGGCUCUCCGUGACUAAUGAGAUCGUUCUUCACUUUAUGGAACGUUUAAUGUUAAGUAGGUUCCUUGGCAUACUAGUUUACGAUAUUGAGGAGUGUCGAUACUCUCUCUGUGCGUAUGGGGCUUGAGAAUGGAAGCUCUUCAGCGAUGUUGGAGUUUGUGAAUUUCGGUGACAAUGUGAAGGAGUUUGGCCUUGGGAGGAGCUGGUUCAUUCAUGCGGAGAGGAUUCAUGGUGAAUGGUGCCGUCGAGAGGAUUCGUUGUGGUUGAGGUUGAGGAGGAGGAGUUGAGAGGUAACCUUUGCGCAUGAAUGACUUGGAAGGUUAGAUAAUCUUUUGCGCUGUUUGAGUGUUUCAGAUCUUGUUUCUUUAGUAUCUUGAUGGUCACUAGUCGGUAUUUGUAAUGGUGAGUGACGAUUAGGUAAUGUCAUGUUGAUAAUUUACUAGUGGAGCUGAAACUUGUGGCUGGGACGGCUUGCGCGAUGAGCGCAGAUAUUGUCUCGGAGUAAGGGGUUGAAAGUUAGCGUUUAGAGCCUCCAGCAUCGCCGUUUGAGGGUUGAUCGUCGCAUCCUUAAUCUUGUGUUUGUACGUUACUUUCAUGAACCGUGGAUCGCGAAGUAUCUUGUCAGGUGAAAGAUGUGAGGUGGUUUUGAAAAGAUUUCUAGUAGAGAGCUUGAGGUUGGAGAAUGCUCACAUUUACUAUUGAAUCAGCACCACGUGAUGAUGCAGUUUAGAAUGGAACUGAUGUAAGUAUGACAACAGCUGAAUUUCAGGAAAAUGGUUGUACUUGUUCCAAUGGGUAUACAAGCCUCUUUGAAAUCCAUAGUGUUUCGAAUAAUUUCAAAGAAUCUGGAUAGAAGAAAUGGAAGAAUAGAAGAAAAAUUAGCUCUCCUUCGCGAUAAAUUUGGACGUGUAAAACAGCUACUAUCCAGGAAGAUUAUCGUUUGCGGCAGGUUAUGGAUGUGUCAUCACUUAAGUUCGCAUAUGCGCGCUUUGAUCAUCAAUUGUUUGCAAGAUCACUGCCACAAUUCUACUUGGCUCUCUAAAAUGUGGAAAAUUCCUACACACUUUCUAAUGGACGAUUUCUUUACAUCACCUCUUUUAAGCUUUAUUUUUAUUCCACUUUCUCCAACCUCGUCAUCUUCUUUCUCUCCUCUUCGUUUUAGCCCACCGUAGUUGAUUUAGAGUGGCUAUGGAUUAGUGUGCAAAAUUUCAGGUUACGUUCGUACUUGAUCAGGGCUACAUUCUGGAUACUUUUUGUACAUCUUGAUGAAGAAAAUUUGGGUGCACACUGAGUAUACUCUGAAGAAUAUGACAUGUACUUAUCUGCAGCUGAUCUAGUUAUCGUUCGUUUGAAGAUUCACUCGUUGCAGAAUCCUUGCUUUGUGGAGGUCGAUGGAGUAUUGUUAAUUCUUCAAAUUUUAUGUGUUUGAUGAGGGCUCUGAGACAUCUGCAGAUUAGUGAUAGGGUUACUUAUAAUGAAGGGGGCCUCAUUGAAGUGGUGCUGAACCAGCUGUGAAGAGUGUCUAGUGCACUCCAGCGUCCCCGAUCAUGGAAUCACAUGGCGGAGGUAUAUACGCAGGAGAAGCAUGUGAAGGUGAAAUGGUUUUCGAAUCGUUCCUUGUUCCUGAGAUCGUUGCUCUCAGUGAAGAGAAUUCUUCUGUCCUGGAAGCUGAUCUUGGUAGAGAAAGAAAGUUUGAAUUAGCUUGUGGUGAAGUGAAAUAUUUUCAACCCGAUGUAGUGAGCCCUAAGCAUAGUACUCAAGCUCUAGACAACACUGUGAGGUCGGAGUCAGUCUCUUCAAAGUGUUGCAAUUGUGCUGAGUUUUACGAAAAGAUGAAUGAAAAGUGGAGUUGGCCAGAGGAACAUCACUCAGGACAAGCGCAAAGCACUGUCAGGUCUGUGAAUUCCUUCCAAAGUACAACAGACCAGCUGAGAGUGAUGUGUGUGCAAAACCUAAGAUCCAGCGCUCCAGUCACUACUAUGGUUGACAGUUUAUAUCUCGAAAAUGACCGGAACAUUUGUACCCAGGACUUUGCUGAUAGUCUAAAUGGUUUGUCGCUUUUUGAAAUGGGAGAGCAGUCGAAAAAAGGCGUUGUUUCUGACUAUCUUUUAGCAUCUUCCGACUCUAAUGACUCUAAUACUCCGGCUGAUGAUUUUCAACGAAGUCCCUUAGUGUCAUUCACAAAGGAAAGCAUUCCAAGGGAGGGGUUCUCCGACGAUUUGGAACUUAUGGAAGAAGGUUCAAAGCUGUUGCUAGAGGAUGCAAGUUCGAAACAGAACUUGCAGCACACAUUGAAGGGCGAGUCUUGUACAAAUUCACGCUUAUCGAAGUCCCAAGGUGUAUCUAGUAGUCAACUGGGCUCUUUGGCGGAUGAUGAGAGAGAUCUUGUAUGUGAUGUCGAGGAGCAACGAUAUAGUCUUAUAAGCGCGGCAACAUGUGGGACGGAUCUUCCCAGAUUCAAGGGGGGUGAUUUUGAAAUGGAAGAACUUGAAACUAUGCAGGCUGAAUCAAACACUGACGUAAUUAUUGAUUCAACAUGUACUGCACCCUGUAUGGAUCUUCUGAAAGAUGUUCAGGAGGUUGAAUCCCCAGAUCUCGACAAAGAAUUUCAGGUAUUCGAUUCCUCACAUGGUGAAAGUGAGCAAGGAGUUAUCUUCUCUAUAGGACAACAAACAGACUGUCCUGGUUCUGUUGUGGUACAGCCAGAUGUGCGAGAGGCUGUUGUAGUGGCUGUGCAAAUCUCAACUGAGGAGAAUCUUACUAAAAAUGGAGAGGAGAACCGUCUUGCGAUCCCAUCAGAAGCAACUCUUGCUGUUGGGAUAGCAGAAGCUUUUUAUGAAACGAAAACAGCUUCCGAUCUCGCACUUCUGACGAUGGGUGAAUUAGGGUUCUGCUUGCCUCCCGGAGUAGCUACUUUGCAAAGUGCUGAAGCGAAGAAUGCAGAGGAAGCUCGAAAACCAAUCAUCAGUCUUGAUAGAAAAACUCCGGAGCUGACCUCCAGAUCUACCGCAUUCUCGUUCGAAAACCAACUAAUUGAGCUCUGCAAUUUAGGCCUCGGAGGUCCUAUGCAAGCAGCAUCUGAAGACAAUGCAUCUAUUCAGGUACUCGAUAGUCAAAAUCCUGGCUCAGAUGGAGGUGUCUCAGUUGCAGAAUCACUUAAGGUUAACAACUGUGCUUUUAAAGAGGAACUCGAAGAGUCCAGUUCCAUUAAUAUGGCUUUUGUACCUGUUACCCUAGAAGGUUCUUGUGAAGAUUAUAGACCAGGCAAUAAUGGCGAAGCGAAGGCUGGAAAAGGCCAGGAAAAGAUUCAGCAACACCUGUGGUGCUACUUAUUUGAGAAUAUGAUUAGGGCCAUUGAUGAACUCUACUGUCUUUGUGAUCUCGAGUCAGAUGCUGAAAAAAUAAAGGAAGCUCUACUAGUUUUGGAUGACGCAGGUAUUGAUUUUGAACACUUAAAAGCAAGAGUUGAUGGCUUUGAUAGAGUUAACAAAGGUUCUCGCUCAUCCCGAACAGCAUCUGCCAAGAUUAUCAACAGUUUCUUAUCAACUAAAAAAGAUUUACUACAGAGACGCCCUCACUCUACAGCUUGGGAGGUACGCCGCAUGGCCUGCUCUCAAGAGCAAGCUGGUAUGCCCACCCCUUCAUUGGAAGAUUUCAAGAGGGUAAAUGGGACUUCACAGUCCCAUAGCCUUCAAGGACCCCGAAAUCAUGCAGAUGCGCGACAACCAGAUUCCUCUGAGAGCUUGCCGUUUCAAGGUCCGGCAUGUGUGGCGACCACCACCUCACCGCGACAAGAGGGGUGUCGGGAGAAGGAAUCUACUAUUUGUGACUCCGAGCUUUUCACAGGCAGAAGUUUCGACUUGGCCUGCAAGAGAUCAGCGCCCAGUUUAUCUUUAGUUGAUAGAUACACGAGCCCUACAGCUUUCAGUGUGCAUCGUGCUUGCUCCAAGAAGAGGCAGAUAAGUGCUCCGACUGGCUCCGUGACAGGUAUUGAAGUAUGGAAGAAAAAGAGAAACUGGCAGGAUACACUCUCACCUCCUCGCACCCGUUCAUCACGAGCAUCAAGGUCCUCAAGACCUGAUCGUAAGAGCAAGGAGCGAGUGCGCGUGCUUCAUGGCAAGCUUGCAUCACCCAAAGGUAGAAAGGGAAGUUCUAAAGAAACGAAGGACGUGGACGGGGAGCAAGCAUGUGCGCAUUGCAUACAAAUGGCGUUAGAGAAUGAGGAAGUGCAACGUCUUUCAAAUACGCAAGAGAAACCGAGUAGAGCGAGUGCGUGGCAGGCAGCAAGGAGUCUAGACCUUCGGAGAGGCAUGCAUUCUCAGCAGGAACGUGGGGAUUCUCGAGCUCAAGCUGGUGUUGCUCAAAUCGCGAGAAGAGCAUGGAAUAAAAGUAGUAAAGUCAGAGAGUUUCGUCCAAUAGACUCUUUAAAUGAAGAGAAAGAGAAGCUAGAUCUGCAAGAGAAGCUUCAAGGUUCAGAAAGUCAAGGGGCUGAAAGGCUACAUAGUUUGAGAUUGAAACGAAAAGAAGACAUUGCGAAGGAGGAAGAUGUGCAAGAAAGGAGGCGCCAGCUUGAUGCAGAAAGAUCACAACUACUGACUGUAGUGCGACGGAAGAAAGAAGAGGUUAAAACAAGACAAGAGGAAGAAAGCAAAAUUUCUGAUGCCACUCUGGAGGCUCGAGCCACAUACCAGAUCCGAAAGAAGGAUGCAUGGAUAAUUUCUCAACAAGAAGAAGCUGAAUUUCUUGAGCAAAAGCUUUCAGAUAGGCUCCUGGAGAGUUCACUGCGGCGGAAAAUUUAUCUGGAGAAGAUCAAGGAACGUGCUUUGAUGGACUUUGAGAAACAAGACAAGCUUAGUAAGGACAUACUAAAUGAACUUGUAGGGAUGCGGGAUCAAAGUUUGUCGUUUGGUGGGCUAGCUUCAAGGAGACAAAAGGUCCCUCCUAAUGAAAUAUGCAAUAAUGAAGCUCACAAGGAUGGGCCAAUGAGGGGAAGUCAUGAAGGUGUAGCUUUGGUCAGUUUGGUCGGAAAUCACAAAGGCACUUGGGUGCAGACCACUAAAAAUAAAUCGAAACUAAUUCGGCAACGGCUGAUAAGUAGAAAGACUGAAUAUUGUGAACCUCCUGCUGGAAUCGAAGGUCGUGGGCUUGGUACUGCGACUGUCAUAGGUGGGGCUCGCUCUCAAAUAAGAAAAUGGAUGCAAGAGCUGAAACGUCUGCAGGAAAUUAAAAAACCUGGAAGUUUGACAUCUAGCCUCUUGGUAAUUUCCGAAAUAGAAAAAUACUUGGAGGAAAGGGAACCCAUGCUUCAUGCUGCUCGCCAGCAAGGCCUCAUUGAUUACAUCGCUACAGCACUGCCAGCGUCGCACUCUUCCAGACAUGAACCCUCGGCGUUCACUGUGGCCUUGCUCCGACUUCUGAUGGUAGUUCUCUUUCUUCCCGCGAAUCGGAGUUACUUCAUAGCCCGCAAUUUGUUGCCUCCUCUCAUUCCCAUGUUGUCUAUGGCACUGAGAGCCUUUAGCUCGAGUGGCUCCGUGAACAACCGCGGAGUAUUGUCACAUAAAAUUUCUGUUGUGUCGAAAGAACGAUCUGCCUCGCCUUCUGAGGGUCAAGGUACUGUUAUGUUCGUGAAAGAGAAAAAAAGACUCAAGCAGAAAAAUUGACGACCAUGCGAGAAGUACUGGAGGGAUUACU